AUGGUUCGUGCGCAAUCGUUGGAGAGCGCUGGCGGCGAUCCGUCUGGCUGGCCAACUCCGGACUGGAGUCCGGAGGCAUCUUUAAAGAACAUGGCAAGCAACGGAAUUCGGAAGGCAAUCCUGUCAUUGACCGCGCCUGGGGCAACUAUCGCUCCGGACGUGACAUCAGCACGAACUCUAGCCCGGCGGGUAAACGAGUAUGCGGCGAGUCUCCGCAAGCAGCACCCCGGCUCGUUUGGAUUUUUCGCGACUCUUCCCUCGCUCACGGAUAUACAUGGCUCCCUCGCAGAGGUUGCCUAUGCACUUGAUACACUAAAGGCAGAUGGAGUGACUCUAUUCACGAGAUAUGGAGAUGAAAAUAAUUAUCUAGGUCAUACGCAAUUUACUCCAAUUUGGGAUGAGCUCAAUAGGCGUAAGGCAGUCGUGUUCAUCCACCCUACUCACCCGGUGAAUACCACAUGGACGAAUCCACUCCUUCCACAGCCCGUGAUUGACUAUCCUCACGAGACGACUCGCGCAGCUGUUGACUUGAUUAUCGCCAAUGUCACCCAGAAGUUUCCCGACUGUCCCAAGAUUCUCUCCCACGCGGGAGGCUCGCUUCCGUACCUUAUCUCUCGUAUCGCGACUACCUCGCGAGAAACAGAGUCUACAAAGCUGAUCUAUGGGAAAUCAAGCAAAGAAAUAUACGAAGAUUUCCGCUCUUUCUACUUCGAUCUGGCACUUUCUAGUUCCUCUGCUGUGUUGAGCAUGGUGCUUGAUCUGGUUCCUCACGAGCAUAUCACUUACGGUCUAUCUCCCCUUCGCAAAUUUGGCUCGUAUCCGGACAAGAUUGCUGGAUUCAGGGAGGAGUUGAGUGCGUUCCAAAUGGGAGACAAGCUUCGUACCAUGAUUUAUCAGGGAAACGCGAAAAAGUCUCUCGGUUUAUGA